UCCUCCCCUGGCGAAGUAGUGCACCUCUCGCAAGGUUUUGCGGGGACUCGACGGCUUAGAUCCUCUGUUUUCCCUAGAAAUGCGAAUCUGGACCGUCCAUUUUUUAAGUAGGGUUUUUGUGGAUUAAGGUUUCAUUUCUCUGGUUCUCAGAGCCUUUGUUAAUGGCGAACCACCUCGAAAGCUUAGUGGAAACGAUCAAGUCGAAGAUGAGGUCUCUUAAUUUGAAAGGUAAGAAAAAGAAGCCCUAUAUAAAGAUGGACAAGAGUUCGAGUGUUAAGGUUGAGAUUAAGAGCAGAAGAGCGAGAAAGCUCAUAGAAAAAACCCUAGAAGUUGCUGAUCAACCAGGAAAGAAGAGCAUCGCCUGAUUGUACUUUCAGGCUGGUUUGAAGGCUCAAUAACGAGAUCCCUGAGGUUAGAGUUUGAGCCUUCUCAUUGUAAAGAAAUGGAAAAUAAUUUAAUCUUUUUUCCUCACUAGUGGUUUCUUGCUCGCGUUUGGGUUUU